AUGUCGAAUCAGAAAACGAUUGGGAGUGAUAAGAUUGGUGACGUUUUUGCGGUCUGGCGAGAAAGAGCUGAUAGUGAGGGAAGCGACAGCAGAGGCAUGCGCCGCACGAGAGAAGACGAUUCGCCGCGCAAAGAGCCAGCAAAAAGAUUGAAAAUGGAAGAAAGAGAACAAAUAAAGCAAGGACAAGAGCCGUUGAUGGAAAUGAUGAAGCAACUAAUGGAAGAAAUGAAACAACUGAGAGAAGAAAAUAGAGGGGUAAAAAAAGAAUUACAGACAAUAAAUGGAAUACUGGAAAGAGAAAGAGAAGAACGGAAAGAAAAGGAGAGAAGCUUCGAAGAAAGAAUCAAUAAUUUAGAGAAAAAAAAGAGAGACUACGUAAUAGUAAACGGAUUAGCAGAAGAAGAGGUAGAAACAUUCAAGAUAGGAGAAAGAGUGGACUCCAAUCACAUGACACUAGAAGUAAAAGUGAGGGGCAUAAGUAGAGGGAGCGGAUGCUUAAGGAACGAAGUAGAAAAAAAGAAGAACAUAUGGAGAAACAGAUGGUGGAAUAGCAGAUGCAGAGAUUUAAAAACAGAAGCAAGGAAAUGUUUACGAAGGUGGAAGAGGGGGAAAGCUAUAAAAGAAGAGUACUGGCAAGCAAAAAAUAAUUAUAGAAAACGAUGCAAAGAAAAGAAAGAAGAUAUACAGCAAGAAGAAGAAGAAAAAAUUAAAGCCAUAAGAACUGAUGAAGACAUACCUAUAAUACAGUGGAAGAAACAUUUUAUGGGACUGUUGAAUGGAAAGGAAGAGAGAAUUGUAGUGCAAGAUAGUAAAACUGGGAUUGGUGGUAGAGAAAGGGAGGCUGAGAUUCGAGUAGAGGAAGUAGGAAAAGAAGUAGGAAGACUGAAAAGAGGAAAAGCACCGGGGAGGGAUGGGUUGGUAAACGAAGUGUGGAUAUUUGGGACGGAUGGGAUGAUUGAAAGAUUGAGCGAGUUAAUGAAUGAUGUGUGGACGGGUAAAGGUUUCCCCAGGGAAUGGAGAGUAGGGCAAAUAUGCCCAAUUCAUAAAAAGGGUAGUAAAGAAAAAGUAGAGAAUUAUCGGGGAAUAACUCUCCUGAAUACGGCAUAUAAACUGUACGCAAUGGUGUUAAAUGAACGGUUGGUGACAGAGAUGAACGAAAAGAGUAUAUUACCAGGAAGUCAAGCGGGAUUUAGAAGAGGUAGAGGGGCUAUGGACAAUGUAUAUAUCCUGCAUCAUCUAAUAGAAAAAGAGUUGCUAAAGGAAGGAGGUCGGUUUGAUACGGUGGACAUAGAGUGUUUGUGGGAAUGCAUGGAGAGAAGAGGACUGAGUGAAAAGUUAAUUGUAGCAGCAAGAGACAGUGACUAG